GUGGUCAGGUGCCAUGCAAUACGUGGGUGCUGAUGCCUCCUGAUUCUAACGCCACGGUCACCUCCUCUAAGAGCCCCUGGGGGUGUGGCUGGGUCUUUGGCGCUCUUGACGUCAACGCGAAAGUCUCCAUCUCUUGCCCGGAAUUCCGCUUGGGAAACAAAACCGGAGGAGCUUGUCUUUCUGGCGCCCUUGUCGUCUUCGUGGGCGCCAGUCAUCACUUAUUCUGCGGUCUUUCCGGACCCCAAAACCUAUCCACAGAAAACGGAAUUCUUCGCGUUUUCUAUAAUCCGGAUUUCUCUAAAACUUCGGGGAAUUUCAGCUGUAUUGUUAGUACUGGUUCGCCGAUGUCCGUAGCAGCUACUAGUCCACUCAGCGACACAUCUACUCGUGCGACUUCUAGUUUAUCUACUCCCAAUAUAUCGUCGAAUUUUACAUCUAUAUCUAAUGUUACAACUACUUCUCUUCCCACAUUAACUACUACUACGGCUGCAGUUACUCUAUCUACUUCUUUUACAACUUCAUCUGUCUCUACUAUUACUGACAUUCCAUCUACUCCUGUUACUGAUAUUUCCUCUAAUUUUACUUCAUCUACUUCUACCGCUACUGACCCUUCAUCUACUAACGUUACUGACACAUCUUUUACUGUUGCUGACACUUCAUCUACUCCUACUGUUACUUCACCUACUUCUCCUGUUACUGACACUUCACCAGUUUCUCCUUUUGCUGACAUUUCGUCUACUUCUACUGAAACUUCGUCUACUUCUACUGUUACGAACACUUCAUCUACUAUUCCUGAUGCUUCAUCUACUACUGUUGACAUUCUUUCUACUUCUAAUGUUACUAAUACUUCAUCUACUUCUACUGUUAGUGACACUUCAACUACUACUAUUAAAUACACUUCAACAACUACUGUCACUGACACUUCACCUUCCACUGUUACUAACACGUCAUCUACCUCUACGGUUACUGACACAUCCUCUACUAUUACUGAUGCUUCAUCUACUGUUACUAACAUUCUGUCUACUACUGUUACUAACACUUCAUCUGCUUCUACUGUUAGUGAUACUCCAUCUACUUCUAAUUUUACUGAUAUUUCGUCCACUUCUACUGUUAGUGAUACUCCAUCUACUUCUAAUUUUACUGACAUUUCGUCCACUUCUACUGUUAGUGAUACUCCAUCUACUAAUUUUACUGACAUUUCGUCCACUUCUACCGUAUCUACUGUUGUUACUAACAGUUCAACUUCUGCCACUAACACUCCACCUUCCACUGUCACUAACACUUCUACUACCUCUGCUAUUACUGACAGUUCCUCUACUACCAAUACCAAUUCCACUUACGCUCUCACAACUGCCAACAUCACAUUUAGUAAUUCUACUGUUUACUCUACUUUUACCUCCCUUACUUCUGAUUCUAUUUAUACUUCAUCGACUGCUGACACCACCCUCGGCCAGAGACCUUGCAAAUGCGGCGUUAGGGGGGGCUCUCCUAAUCCGAGGGUGCUUGGGGGAACCGACGUUGGUCUGCACGAGUUUCCGUGGCACGCCGCUCUCGUUAUCAAGAGCACGUUUGCGAUUUUCUGCGGAGGCGCCCUGCUCAGUGACAGGAUCGUGGUGACGUCAGCCUCGUGUCUGACUAGCUUCCCCAUAGGAAGUCUGGAAGUCCUGCUCGGCGAACACAACAUCAAUACAGACCAAGAUACUUCAGCGACAGUGAGACGCGGCGUCGACGCUACGGUCACACACCCGAACUUUGACCCGACGACGCAAGAGAACAACCUCCUCUUGUUACGCUUAGACGUCCCCCUAAAUCUCUUCCUUGGCCCUGCUAUCCAGCCCAUCUGUCUCCCUGACCCGGCCGACCUGUUCGAGGAAGUUCGAGCCACCUUCACUGGAUGGGGAAACCUCAACACCCAACAAUCCCAACCUUUCAUCCUGCAGAAGCUGGAGAUGACGACCUUGAAGAACUCAGACUGUGUCGGAAAAGUUUCAAGCCAAGUGACUGACAGGAAAAUCUGCGCCACCGCCGAGGGGAAGGGCUUGUGUCUGGGUGACAAAGGGGGUCCCCUGGUGGCUCAAGCAGGUGACCAGUGGGUCCUUGUUGGGAUUUCAAUAUUCAACAAAAUAGCAUGCAGCACUGGGCCCGUCGCCUUCACCAGGAUAACCAGUUACUUACAAUGGAUAACGGAGGAGAGUGUCGACGCAAUUACAUGCCAGUAACGGAAAUAUUGGCAAUUUCGUGCACCAUUUUAUUUGCCGUUAUUAUAAGGAAGAGACUGAAGACAUCGUGGUACGAAAUAUGAAUGCAUUUUCUGAUGUGUUUGCAACUUUUUAAAAUUGAUUUUGAGGUGUAUAAUGAUUAUGGAGAUUGUCAGAGUUUUCUUUAAUUUUAUUUUUGCUUGAAUUGAAUGUGAAAAAGGUCUCGCGAAGGCGAAGCAACAAUAGCAAUAAUAAUAAUGAUAACAACAAUAAAAAAAAUUAUCAAUAAUAAUGAUAAUUACAGCAAUAAUGAUUUCAACAAUGAUAAUAAUGAUG